AUGACGGCAGACUACACAUCCUCCGUAUCCCAACUCUACCCGCACUCGUCCCUCCCCAACCAAUCUCGGAAGCACAAUAUAUCGCUCGAUAGGCUCCCGCUGCAUAUCGUCUCCCAGGUAGCCUUCUACGUCCUGGUGGACGACGCAGGCGACGCAGGUCACCCCGCGGGUCUGCUGCCUCUCCUCUUCUCGUGCAAAAGGGUGUACCAAGCCCUGUAUAUCAAAUAUAACGUGUCUCUCUACGGGGAGCUGUACAAGGCGACCUUUGACUAUCAGGCCCUGUUAAGAAGGUAUGCCUGGCACAGAGGUAACGCCUUGCGCAAAGAGGCUGGUCGAGCCAAUGAUAUAUUUCAAGACUCCCGCCUGUGGGCCGCCGAUUACAAAGACCGCUGGGAGAUGUCUCGACGGCUCCGCAUGGCUACCGGGGCCGACACUCUUGAAAUCCCUGGUGUAUGUGACAUCUCUAUGCACAACCAAGACGUUUGGAAUAUCUGGAACCUCUGGAGGCGCGCUAAUCAGCAUUCAGACGGCAAAAAUAUGCUCUUUCUCGUCCAUCAUUGUCACCUCAAGGGUGCGCUCGAGCUGAUGUAUCGCGACAUUGUGCUCCCAGAAGCGGCGCGCCCCGGAUUCCCCGUCGAGACGGGCGCCAAGGGCAUCAUGGCCUGGUUACUCGUCUUGUCACAUUUUGACAGCUUCAAGGAAGAUGAUCAGGAAGAGGUUGAUCAAAAAAUGUUUAUUCUACGACCGUACUCUGUCGCCGCUGGAAUCUACUACUCUUCGUAUGCUCCAUACACCGUCAAGAAGCUGCCACUUCAAGACUAUCCAUCCGAGGCCCAGGCUUUCGCUGUGGUUCCCCACAAGGACUACACCUCCACUUAUCAUCGUUUCAACACCACCUGGUCUCGUCAACCCCCCCAGUGCAUCCUCGCCUCUGAGAUAGGCUUCUUUCGUCUUCUUGAACGCCGUAGCUGGCAGACCAGCACUGGAAAAGGCUUCACCAAAGAGGAUUCAUACUCGUUUGAAAAGGGAUUCCCCGGCAUUUUGGCGACGCCCGAUGCUUCGACAUUGACGUCGGAAGCAUACGACAGAGAAUGGAAACGUCAAGCGUCCUGUCAAGAUCCCAUGAACGGCCCCGGGCUUUUGCCUCUCACUUUCAAAGGCUGUAUCGAAGGCACAUGGCGGGGCAAGUCUCUGUACAUGGACUUUGACACCUACCGUCGCAUCCUGGGUGGUGAUGUACGACUUGCCUUUGCUGGGCCGUACCAAUCCCAAGCAGUCGAGUUUGUCUUGAGAGAAGGUCUUAUCAAGGUCAGGAAAGGGAUGGUGGGUGGGUAUGGUCACGUAUUCCAUGCUGGAAUGAUCAAUGGGGACAGCUUGGAGCGAGAGCUCGAAUGGGUGGCGAAUGGCUGCGGGCACGAGUUUGUUUCUGAGGAUACCAUCGACGAAGAGGGGUGGACAAAGGAAAUCAUCAUUACCGGCCAUGGAAGGACAGCUUGGGGUGUUGCAAGUAUCAGGGGACGCGUCAGAUCAUGGGACGGAUUCGUCCUCCUGUCACUGUCCUAUGCUCAAGAUCCUGGAGCGCGCUGGCUGUGGAGCGGAUAUGUCGUGCCAGGAGGCUAUCUUGCUGGUCGAUGGCGGGAUACGGUCAUACCGGCGAAUCAAGCAGGCUACGAAGGCGCGUUUGUGUGUAUCCGCGAAGAUGCGAUGCCUCGUGCAUGA